CUUAUUACGGACACUGCCCAUUUCAUCACAGUGAAGAGGGAGAGAGAGAGUGGAGUGGGAGACGAGGGGAAGAGAGAGAGAGACAGAGAGUGAUGGUGGUGCAUCAUCAUCUUCAGACAUCUCAGUUCCUAUUUCAAUUAUGUCCUCCGCCACCUCCAGCCAUAACCAGGAUGAUGCUUGCGAAGGAAAAUGUGGAAUGCUCUGUGGAGACCUGCCAACCGGGUAAAUCACUGGCCAGAAACGUAGUUGCUGGUCUUGCAGCUGCUUCACUGAUUCUUUUCUCGCCGACAAACCAGGUCUUUGCCGGUGAAGUGUCACAUUCCCAUGAUCUGUGCCAGCUUGCAAGGGUCGCUGAUAGUGCCAUGACUUUGCCAUUUGACAAGGGCUCUGGAGAGAGAAGUCAGAAGCUGUUGAUGAUGAGAGGGAUGACAGCUGAGAACUUUGACCCGAUCAGAUAUUCUGGUAGAUGGUUCGAGGUAGCUUCUCUUAAGCGGGGUUUUGCAGGGCAAGGUCAAGAGGACUGCCACUGCACUCAGGGUAUUUAUACAUUUAAUAUGGAGACACCAUCGAUCCAAGUCGACACCUUUUGCGUACAUGGAGGGCCUGAUGGAUACAUUACCGGGAUAAGGGGAAACGUCCAGUGCCUCCCCGGGGAAGAAUUGGAAGAGAAAGAGACCGAUCUCGAAAGACAAGAAAUGAUCAAAGAGAAGUGUUAUCUUCGUUUUCCGACUUUGCCAUUCAUUCCCAAGGAGCCAUAUGAUGUCAUAGCCACCGAUUAUGACAACUUUGCUCUCGUUUCGGGAGCAAAAGACCAAAGUUUCGUCCAGAUAUACUCGAGGACGCCGAACCCAGGUCCUGAGUUUAUAGAGAAGUACAAGGCUUACUUGGCAAAAUUCGGGUACGAUCCAAAUAAAAUCAAGGAGACACCUCAAGACUGCGAGGUCAUGUCCGACGAUCGGCUUGCUGCUAUGAUGUCAAUGUCUGGUAUGCAACAGGCUCUGACUAAUCAGUUCCCGGAACUAGAACUGAAGGCAUCCAUCGCCCUCGAUCCCUUCACUAGUGUGUUCGAUACUCUGAAGAAGCUUAUUGAACUCUACUUCAAGUAGGUACUGGGUUUACGCACCAGCCACGAACAUGUAAGUUUGAGUUUCUCGGCACUGCUUCUGUAUUAUUUGUCCCAAGUUCUGGGAACCCAACCCCGCCCGGCAAGUAUAUGUUAUUCGGUACAGUUUCUCUAACAGUGGAUAUUAGUCCGACAAUUCCGUAAGUUCGAGUUCUCAUGAAUCGGCUAGUUCUUGCU